UUUGGAAAGCACAAGCAAGGAUGGCAGAGGUGAAGCUACACGGAUUUUGGUAUAGUCCCUUUACUUGGAGGGUAGUAUGGACCCUAAAGCAAAAGGGUAUAUCAUAUGAUUACACAGAGGAAGACCGCUUCAACAAGAGUGCUCAACUUCUUAAAUACAACCCAGUGCAUAAGUUGGUUCCAGUGCUCGUUCAUGCUGAAAAACCCAUAUGUGAGUCCAUGGUCAUUGUUGAAUACAUUGAUGAGAUAUGGCCACAGAAUCCAUUGCUUCCUGCUGAUCCAUAUGAGAGAGCUCUUGCACGGUUUUGGGUUAAAUAUUCCGAUGACAUGAUUUCAACAAUUGCAGCACUCUACCGCAGCAGUACUAGUGAAGAGCUGGAGAAGGCCAUAGAGAAGGUCCGGGAGCAUCUAAGAAUUGUUGAGGAUAACUGCUUUGGUGAUGAGAAGAAAUUCUUUGGGGGAGACAUUAUUAACAUUGUUGACUUAGCUUUAGGGUCCGUUGCCAAUUGUCUUUUGGUUAUGGAAGAUAUCUUUGAAGUGAAGAUCGUAGAAGCUGAGAAAUUCCUUCGCUUGAAUUCAUGGUUUAAUAAUUUCAGAGAUGUCCCGGUCAUCGCAAAAAACCUUCCUGACCAUGAAAAUAUUGUCGUUUUUCUCAAGUCUCUCAGAGAGAAAAUAUUUGCAUCUUCCUAA